UUGUCCAGUGAUUCAUUUUUGGUCCUGCCCGUGGAUGCUUUGGGUAGCGACUAUUAUCUCUUAACCUGGAAGAGUAAAGCUACUUUCAAAAUCAUAGGAGUUGUUGACAAUACGAGUAUCACCAUCAUGCUGCCAACAGACGUCAGUCUCGUAGUCGAUGGUGUUGCAUUUAAUGAUUCAUUCACGGUUCAACUCAAUCGUUUUCAAACCUUCACUUUCCUAAACGAAUCGUCCGAGAUUGAUCUUACAGGGCUUCACAUAAUUACCAACCAACCAGUGUCCAUUGUCAGUGGCAGCAAACGGGUAUCUAUUGACGGAACGAGCUCUGACCAUCUUGUAGAGCAAAUGCUACCAGUUGAAUCCUGGGGGAAGACAUUCAUAACUAUACCCCCAUAUAACGAUCGUGGAGAUCCAGCGAUGGUUAUAGUUCCUUCCAUUGAACACUAUUUCGUUAAUUAUUCAUUCGCAACACCCAAAACUUAUGAUGGCAGUUCGACUCGUAUAUGA